AUGAACGCAUGGAUACAAAGUACGAAACAAGAAAUACAAAUGAAAAUUAAUCAAAUUCUUCCAGGAUCAGAUUGGCAAAAAUCCAUUCAAAACAAUGAAGAAACAAAUCGAAAAUUAUUGAUGACCAACGUCAAAUUUCUUAAAUGUGAUAUUUAUCAACAUUUAUGUGAAGACUUAAAAACUUCUCCGAAUAAUCAAAUCUUGAUACAAACAAUCACAUUUUUGCCAGGAAUUAAGAAAAAUAAUGUUAGUAGUAACGUUAUUCAAGAUGAUUAUGUACCAUCGAUUAAAGAAUUAACAGAAAAAUUUAAUUAUACUAUUGGAAUAGCUUUGACUCGUAUGGAAAUAUGGGUUGAAUAA